AUGAACAUUGAUUCGGAUCCAAAACUGCUCUCUCCAGAGCUCAAGGCAGCCAUUGACGCUGGCAAACGAUUACUUGAGCUCCUCACCCAGCCUUUGUCGCACGAGGAGAUUGCCCAAUACCUCGAAUCCAAAUCGCAAGACGAGAUUGCGCUGUGGGUACAAGAGGAUGAAACAGGGUGGAGCGUACUCCACUUUGCUGUGCAUAGACGGGAUCCAGAGCUCACGAGGGCUUUGAUCGAGGCUGGAGCGGUCUGGAAUCUGGUGGACGCUUGCGGGAAUACGGCAGGAGACGUUGCACUCUCGUUGGACGACGAAGAGUGCUAUCGACUGAUCCGGGAUGCUGAGUUUCUCCUGCACUUGUUGGAUACACGUGCCCAAGAUGAGGACGAGGAGAUGGAGGAGCCAAGUACAAUAUCAUCCAUACAAGAUAUUGGCGCAGACUCGUACUCGGACACAAAAGGAAUCAAAAGGAGAAAGGGGAACACGCUCGUCCUGCGUGCCGAAGAUUCAACACCCGCCGGGUCAACUGAGGCAUUCUUAAACGCCAAGCUCACCUUUGCGACAAAUAAACAAGGACAAGACCUAUGUUUGGUCGAUUCUGGAUCCGAACAGGUCGGGGUGAUGAUGGGUUGGGAAAGGCCCAUAAUGGAGGAAACUGUGAGAUUACUGCACAAGGACAACGAUGAUACAGAUUUCCGCGUGCUAAACUGUGGUUUUGGAUUAGGAAUCAUUGAUACAUACUUUCAAAAAUGGCCAACUCCUCCUUCGCUUCAUGUAAUCAUCGAACCGCACCCGGAUGUGCUCGCGCAUAUGCGCGCACGCGGGUGGUACGACAUGGCCAAUGUGCGCAUCCUCGAAGGCAAAUGGCAGGACUUUAUCGACUCCGACGAAAUACUAGGCGUGGGCGGAUUUGAUGCCGUCUACACCGACGUGUUCAGCGAGGACUAUAAACAACUUUACGCUUUUUUUGAGAGGGUCCCAGAGCUCUUGAGGGGGGAAAAUUCGAAAUUUAGCUUCUUUCAUGGCUUGGGCGCCACGAACCCUCUCUUCUACGACAUAUAUACAAACCUUUGCGAGAUGCACCUCAAAGAGCUCGGUUGCACCGUCUCGUGGACAGACGUCGACGUACACACUGCCCAAGCCGACGGAAUAUGGGGCGAGACGCGCAAAUACUUUUCACUCCCAUACUGUCGGAUUCCAUUAGUCAAGAUGGAUAUAUAA